GGGGGUUGUCUUACGGAUCAACAUUAUGUAGGCAGUCAAUUUAUCUUCACCAUUUGUAGGUGAAUUUAAAUUCGUUUUAACAAAAAUCAUUCAAACUUGACGCGCAAAGAAACUGUUUACGUUAGUAAGACAUUUGAUAAGCGUGUAUUUAAAAGUAAUUAAGAUUAGGCCCAUUCGUGGCAAAUUUAGGCCAACCCUGAUAUCCUGGCGCCGCUAUUCGGUAGAACUCGGCGACUCGCAGUCGUGCUGUGUGCCCGAGUCACUAUCCGCUUGGCUCCGAGGCAAUUCUGUAAGAAAAAGUCUUUCUCCUACCAGCUCACUUAUUAUCCUGUCCAUGGAAAGUCCUCUCAGAUUCUAGGAGCAUUGGAAUCAUCAGCUGAAGAGAUUGUAUUAUCAGAUUGGAUGGCCAACACAGACUCUGCUAUAAAAUGUCCAGGAGCUGCAAGAUGCUGAAAGCCAUUUUUUUGUCUUUGGUGGUGGCUUCUAUGGCAGUUAAAGAUGAUGUGUUGAAUGUUUGUAUGGAGGGAAAACAUCAUAAAAAACAACCUGGAGUAGAAGGAGACUUGCAUAAGCAGUGUGAACCAUGGAAAGACUGGGCAUGCUGCACAGUGAACACCAGCACUGAAGCACACAAAGACGAAUCGUACCUUUAUAAUUUUAACUGGAAUCACUGUGGCAUGAUGACAGAGAAGUGUAAAAGGCAUUUCAUUCAAGACACCUGCUUUUAUGAGUGUUCUCCAAAUCUAGGACCUUGGAUACAGAAGGCAGAUGCGUCAUGGAGAAAUGAGCGCAUCAUAGAUGUGCCUUUGUGCAAAGAGGACUGCGAAGAGUGGUGGAAUGACUGCCAAAAUGACCUAACUUGCAAAGAAAACUGGCACAAGGGCUGGAACUGGACAUCAGGUAUUAACAAAUGCCCAGUUGGAUAUCCUUGCCGAAAGUUUACAGAUGUUUUCCCUACUCCACAGAGUCUAUGUGAAAAGAUAUGGUCUGGAUCAUACAAGCAUACUACCUAUAAAAGGGGAAGUGGACAGUGUUUACAAGUGUGGUUUGAAACUGGAAAGAAUCCCAAUCCAAGUGUUACAAAGUAUUAUGCAGAAAAAAUGGGGCUGCUCGGGGUUGCUUACACACCUAGAAUUUCUAUCUUUAUUAAUUUCUUCCUUGCCAUCCUAUCUUUGCUGUUAACUUGAACAAAUUAUACUUCUAAAUUUCCCCAUGGAGUGAAAAAUAUGAUCAAUGCAAUUUUAUUUAAGGAAGUUUGCUUUAAUUGUAAAGUAUGUAUUAUAAGAUAUGAAAAGGGUUGCUGACAGAUUGUUUUGUAAUUUCUCCAAUUGAAGCCAGAGGCAAAACAACUGACAUUAAAGCUUGAGCUUGCCAAGGAAAUUGACUGGUGCAUUUUUUUUAUUCAUAAACGCUUAUUUACAUGAAUAAGCAGUAUAUACAAAUAUACAAAGAAUUCCGCAAUGGUUGAUACUAUACCAGUUCAUUCAGGUAGUUGGUUGCAAUUGUAAAGUAAAAGGUACUCUGUAAUUUAAGAACAGAACAAAUGCUACUUCAUUUACUUGUCUAUUUUUUGUUCCUUGCUUUUUUUUUUUUUUUUAAAUGUAUUGUAAAAAGCUGACAUUCAUUUAAUUACUACAGUAGAGUUAUUACAAGCAAAAAGAUGAUAUGUUGAUUUAAGAUAUAAGUUUGAAGCAAGUCAUUUUUCAAUGAAUUAAAAGACUUUAAACUGUGCUACAGGUGAAAUGUUGAAGACAAAUUAAUUUUUGAUUUAUUUUUAAAUAAAAGGUUAACAUUAAUUCAUGCAAUAAAGGGUUUUUUCUCUAUAAAUGUAUUGGAAGGUGCAUAAUGUUGCUUUUUUUUUAACUGCCAUUAAUUUGUCUGUCAAUUGUCAAAUCAGUAACUUUUUAUAGGAAGGAUAAAAAGAUUUUAUUUAUUUAAAAGAC